AGACACAAUACUGUCUUCCCAACCUGACUUAAGCUCUUCAAUUGUGGCACCGGUAUGAUAUAAGUGAAUAUAUCACUAUUGGCGCAUUAUGGCGCUGGAGACGUCUGGCGGCUAUGUUGCUCCCAGCAACCUCGCGGAACCUGGGGAUUCCGCACUCUCCAUGUUCGAUGUCCGACAUGUUCAGCUUCAGUUCCCUCUUGCAGCGGACUUUGUAGCCGCACAGGUAGCCAACAAUGUGCUCAUUCUAGCGUUAUCGACUGGUCGUAUCCUCCGUAUCGACUUGGAUACCCCCGAGGACAUCGAUGACAUCGACCUUCCUAAGAAAUCCUCGGAGAUUGGAGUGAUUCGGCGAAUGUUCCUUGACCCCUCCGCCUCUCAUCUCAUCAUCACAACCACCCUGGGCGAGAACUAUUACCUCCACACCCAAUCGCGACAACCUAGACCAUUGUCGCGACUGAAAGGUGUCUCGAUCGAGAGUGUCGCCUGGAAUCCAGCGCAUCCUACAGCAUCGACAAGAGAAAUUCUACUGGGUACUACGGAUGGACUGAUCUGGGAAGCUUACAUUGAGCCGUCGAGCGAGUUCUACCGGCGCGAAGAGAGAUAUGCACAUGUCGUCUUCAAGGCCUUGGAGGGCUCGCCUGUGACGGGAUUGUGUGCAGAGUCAAUCCCAACGAGGCCGGAGCUGAGACGGGUGCUUAUAGCAACUCAUGGCAAGUUACUAAGCUUCCUGGGGCGCACCGGGAGAUACGGACGGGAGGGGGGUGGCCCUAUUUACGCCGAUUUAUUCCAACGCGAAUCGCCGGUUACUCACGAGAUUCAAAAUCCCUCCGGUGCCGCACCGUCAAUGCUGGCAGUCUCGCCAAUUCUUGCGGAUGCACAGACGACGGGAGGUGUGGCCGACAAAGAAUUCGCAUGGCUCAGUUCUCAGGGGGUGUUCCACGGACAACUCCCAUAUGCGCCUGAAAAUCUCAGCAAGCCGCUUGAAAGCGCAAGCAUGCUUCCACGGUCCGUGUUCCCGGCUAGUGAAUCUGCGCGCGGCGGUAAGAAGCUCAUUCAGGAUCCCAUUACCGCCGUGACAUUGUCCCAGUGGCACAUCUUUGCCCUAGUUGAAGGCAGGAUCGUCGCUGUAAAUCGAAUGAGCGAGGAGAUUGUUUUCGACGAGGCCGUGUUGGAACCAGGGCAAAGUGCUUUGGGCCUACUGACGGAUGCGACGCAACAUACCUACUGGCUGUUCACUAGCCGCGAGAUCUACGAAAUUGCCGUGGAGAACGAGGAUAGGGAUGUAUGGAAGGUCUACCUGCAGAAACAAAUGUUUGAUCAAGCUCUGCAGUACGCCCGUACCAGUGCCCAGAAAGAUGCCGUCUCCACGGCUUCCGGUGAUUUCCUUGCGGAAAAAGGCCGAUAUCUUGAGGCGGCCACCGUAUGGGGCCGAAGCAGCAAAGGAUUCGAAGAGGUCUGCUUGACGUUGAUCAACCGUGGAGAGCAUGAUGCGUUGCGCAAGUAUUUGUUGUCUCAGCUGUCAACGUACAAGAAAUCCUCUUCCAUGCAGCGCAUCAUGGUCGCAAGCUGGCUGGUUGAGGUUUUCAUGACGAAGUUGAACUCCCUCGAUGACAACAUUGCUACCCGAGCAGAGCUUGCCGAGGGCACCAGCACUGAGGAAGUCAAGGAUGAGCUUGGCACUGUCAGAGCUGAGUUCCAGGACUUUGUCACUCGGUACCGGUCCGAUCUUGACAAGAGGACUGCGUACGAUAUCAUCAGCAGCCACGGUCGUGAGGAGGAGCUACUCUUCUUUGCCACCGCGGCCAAUGACUACAAUUAUGUUCUUUCCUACUGGAUACUACGGGAGAAAUGGACUCAGGCACUCAAUGUCUUGCAACGACAAAGUGAUCCGGACGUGUUUUACAAGUACAGCAGUGUCCUGAUGACCCACGCUGCUGCUGGACUGGUCGAUAUCUUGAUGCGACAGACCAACCUGGAGCCUGAGAGACUGAUACCUGCUCUACUCAACUACAACAAGACAGCGAAUGUCCCAUUGGGGCAGAACCAGGCCGUGCGAUACCUCAACUUCAUCAUUGUCAACCACCCGAACCCCUCCGCCGCCGUCCACAACACCCUGAUAUCAAUCCAUGCGUCUAGCGCCUCGACGUCUGAGGCGGGGCUUCUCACCUAUUUGCAAUCACAGCAAUCCUCGCCCCCACCGUAUGAUGCCGACUUUGCUCUGCGUCUCUGCAUUCAACACCAGCGCGUCCAAUCAUGCGUUCACAUCUACAGCGCUAUGGGACAAUAUCUUCAAGCUGUGGAGCUGGCUUUACAGCAUGACGAUAUUGAACUCGCAGCAAUAGUGGCCGACCGUCCGGAAGGGAACGAGAAGCUCCGAAAGAAGCUCUGGCUCCUUGUCGCGGAGAAGACAAUCCGGCAGCCCGGGAAGGGUAUUAAGGAUGCCAUCGAAUUCCUCCGUCGAUGCGAGCUGCUUCGCAUUGAAGACCUCAUUCCGUUCUUCCCGGACUUUGUCGUUAUCGACGACUUCAAAGACGAGAUCUGCAGUGCACUGGAGGAAUACUCUCGGCACAUCGAGGCUCUCCGGCAGGAGAUGGACAACUCGGCACACACGGCCCGCCAGAUCCGCACGGAAAUUGCGGCACUUGACACGCGCUACGCAAUUGUGGAGCCGGGAGAGAAGUGCUGGCUCUGCUCUUUGCCUGUGCUCAGUCGACAAUUCUUUGUGUUUCCCUGUCAGCACGCGUUCCACAGCGACUGCUUGGGCAAGGAGGUGCUCGAGGGCGCAGGGGGCAAGAAGAAGUAUAUCCGGGACUUGCAGGCGCAGCUCAGCAAAGGGUCUCUCAGUGCGGUGCGGCGGGCGGAAGUGGUGCGUGAGCUUGAUGGGCUGAUUGCAGAAGCAUGUAUCCUUUGCGGUGACCAUGCGAUCAAGCAGAUUGAUCGGCCGUUCAUUGAGAACUCGGAGGGCGUGGAUGAUUGGACGCUGUAGUCGCAUUGAGUCGGGUAAGAUCUGGUGAUUUAAGCUUGGGUGUGUUGUGUAACGAGCGCGCAUGAUGGAAGCACUGCAUUAUAAGCGUGAAGCAAUUUAUUUCGAUUGUUCUUUGAUUCUAUUUCCCAGCAAGUUGGAUGGAUAUAUAUACUGCAUGCUUGGGAUCAUAAACUAGGCUGCUGCCGCUGCUAUGGAAAUGACAGCCUAUGAGCUAGUUACUUCAAAUGCUUCAGAUCCUAUCUUCAUGCCGAC